GCCUCAUGGUGACUCCGUCGGGGAACUGGAAGACCGUGAGGCAGACGGCUCUUCACCAGAGGGCUGGUGCGAUGCACGCGGCGGACAUGGUGGAGCUCAGUUACUGGGACACGAGCAUCUGUUUCCACCUCCUCUUCAGCGAAGCUGUGAAGCACCUGAAGAUGCUCCUCGAGUACGGAGAGGAGGGGGCUGCGGACGGAGACAGCGAGGCAGAGAAUGAGGCCCGCUUCUUGAGUUCGGGAUGCUUUAUGCGAACUGUCUACGGCAUGAUGUGCGCCGUCUACACGACCGGGAUGUGGCUCCUGCUCGCGUCCUACCUCGAGCUACCCGUUUCUACCAACCAUUCCACAAUCGGCGCAAUUAUCGGAAUGACGGUCGGCUACGCGGGGUCGGGGUGCGUGGUAUGGUACCGGGAGUCCGACAUUUUCCCCUUUUUCAAGGGAUUGACCGCCAUCGCGGUGUCCUGGGUGCUGUCUCCGAUCUUCCCGGUCUUGGCAGGCAACAUCGGCUCGUGCGACCCCGAAGAUCUGGAGGGCGGCCACAGUAGCAGCGGUAGUCGCGUCGGGACCUUCAUCGACAAACGUCUGGAGCGUGACAUCCACGCCUACUUGGACACUUUUGAAGAGGUCGUCACGAUUCACUCUAACGCCGAGCAGUUCGACUCCCGAGUAGAAGGUGUGCUUUCCGAGGUGUUCAAUUACGUCCAGGUCAUGAGCGCAAUCUGCGACGCCUUCGCUCACGGAGCUAACGACGUGGCCAACUCCAUGGGCCCCUUCCAGAUCAUCUGCACGGUAUAUGUCGAUGGGGAAAUCCGAAGGGGCAGAGACCUCGGCGCGCCUGGAUACCUAGCUCUUGCUCUGGGAGGCUUCGGCGUCGUAGCCGGGCUGGCGCUGUACGGGCACAAACUCAUCACGGCAAUCGGCGUGAAGAUCGCCAAGAUCACACCGUCCCGCGGGUUCAGCAUAGAGAUCGGGGCGGCCCUGGUUAUGAUGACGGCCACGAGGCUGGGAGUUCCGCUGUGCUCUACACACUGCCAGGUCGGCGCCACCUCGGGCGUUGCCCUGCUUGAGGGCCUCGACCGGCUGAACACCAGGACGGUACUCAAGAUCAUCGCCAGAUGGGCCGCCACGAGCGCCAUCUGCGGGGUGUCCUGUGCUCUGCUCUUCGCCCGGGGGGCGUACGCCCCCUUCGCGUUCGACACGGAAGAAUAA